UUGUGUCGUGUACAUUUUAGAAUCUCGUCGUGAUAUUGCAUUACGGAUGUGAAUUAUUGUAAAAACUUUUCUUUAAUGGUUACUUCUAGUUUUUCUGAUGCAGAGAGCGUGUAACACAAUCAAAACAUUCAAAGUGACAGUGGUACAUCGAAUAAAAUGAAUACGGAGACAAUCGAUUUCCCUGUAACGUUGGCACUGAAUUAAUCAUGACGUCAUAUCCGGAUCAGUUUAACGACUCAAUAGUGAGUGCAGAUGACUUCCCGUUGCUGAUGCCACGCUGGGGUUACGUGGUAUCCGCCUUUGUGCUGUUCCUUAUUGGAUUCUUUGGAUUCUUCUUGAAUCUUCUUGUCAUUAUUUUAAUGUAUAAGGAUCGACAGCUGUGGACGCCACUGAACAUCAUAUUGUUCAAUUUAGUUUGUUCAGACUUCUCUGUAUCGUUGUUAGGGAAUCCAUUCACACUGAUAUCAGCAUUGUUCCACCGAUGGAUCUUUGGACGGACUAUGUGCGUGUUGUAUGGAUUUUUCAUGGCUCUAUUAGGGAUAACCUCAAUAACAACAUUAACAGUGAUCUCAUUCGAGCGGUACAUAAUGGUGACAAGGCCGCUUCGGUCUCGACGACUCAGUCCGAAGGGCGCGGCAGGAUUGGUGGUCUUCAUAUGGGCUUACUCCUUAGCACUUACAACACCACCUUUGAUGGGUUGGGGCAGUUACGUCAACGAAGCAGCCAAUAUUAGUUGCUCGGUGAAUUGGCAUGAACAGUCGGUCAACACCCUGACGUACAUUCUGUUUCUAUUCGCGAUGGGUCAGAUCGUUCCUUUGGCGGUCAUUACUUUCAGCUAUAUUAACAUCAUAAGGACUUUGAAAAAGAACUCUCAACGUCUGGGCCGCGUCAGUCGCGCAGAGUCCCGGGCCACUGCGAUGGUGUUUGUUAUGAUCGUGGCGUUCACAGUCGCGUGGACACCGUACUCGUUAUUUGCCUUGUUGGAACAAUUCGCCACUGAAGGGAUCAUAUCUCCGGGCGCAGGUGUUAUUCCAGCUCUGAUCGCAAAAAGUUCAAUUUGUUACGAUCCGCUUAUUUAUGUUGGAAUGAAUACCCAGUUUCGACAAUCAAUUAGAAGAUAUUUUAGUGCGCACGGCAGAGGAAAUUCUCAAAUAAAGAAACCAUGCCACAAUACAAUAUUAACACAAAAACUCUCAGCCGUCAAUGAAAUAACUAUUCGAUACAAUACAUCUGAAUCGAAUUUGUUAAGUUCACCUCAGAGAAGUGUGAAAAGUAAAGUCAUAUCUGACAAUCGCAAUGAUGCUACGAGAAGUGAUAUCAAUAAUAGAAGCUAUUCGAAAAUUCUCGAACUACCGACAAUUCCGGAAAACAAAACACCAUCGGACACUGAUAAAUCUGGCGAAACAGUAUGUGAUGAUGACACCAGCACAGGUCAAACUAAAGUAGACAAUUUUGUGGAACCUUGUAAACUAGCAGACCAUUCUUUAAUUCUAACUAUAGUUGAUUCUGAAGGAUUCUUUCUCACUCAAGCAGUCAAACGGAAUAAUAACAUCGAAGAUCUAUGGAAGAUAUGGAGUAUCGACGGUUUAGAAAUACAUUCAACUGACGCGUUAAGAUUAGAUGAUAAAAUACAAAUAACAAGAACAUUGCAAACUAUGAAGCAUAGUUACUCAUUGGAUCUUAGCUGUGUGCAGGAAAAAGGUCGCAUAUUUUCAGUAAAAACGAAAAAAGAAUCUUACAUUCCGGAUAAAAGUUUACGUAUGGAUGUGAUCGAUCCCAGAUGUUUAAAUCCAGAUUCAAAUGAGCCUAGUUUAAGGAAUUGUGUUUGUUUAAAUGAUAAAUGCAUCGACGACAUUAGUUUGUAAUUAUAGUCCCAAGUUUGAGUGAAAUUUGAACUGAAGUUUUAUCUAGAUUUUUAUGAUCCGAUCCCAGAUUUAGGAUUAUCUGAUGGUGCUGCUUAAAUAAACGUUACGAUACACUAAGUAUUUAUACCUUGAAGCACAAGUUAAUUGUUAUAAGUAAGAUUAGUGUUGAUGAAUAGGUGUAAAAAAUGAAAAUCAAAAUCCUGGGUGUUAGUAGACCUUCGUUGCAGGAACAUGACAUUUUUCUAAUAAAAACUAUACCAACACGCAAUAAGGAUUCUUUGUGAUGU